AUGGAUGCGACCACCAGCGAUGGUCUUUUGCUGGCCCCUGGAGGGUGGAAGCUGGGACCGCCCCUUCACUUCUGCGGGACAAGACCUCAGUCUCCAGAGGGCGGGCAGGAAGUGCCAGCCGCUCCGUCCGGCGGUCAGGGUAGUCGUAGGGAGGCUAGUCCCAGUGCUCACUUCGCCAAUUUCUGGUGUAUUGGUGCGAUUUUCAAGCGUGACCACUCCAAUUGA